UGGGCGGGCGUGGAGAGCGAGGAGGAGGAUGAGGAGGGGGAGAAGGGCGAGGAGGAGAUGGACGUGGAUGUGCCCAGGAAGCUGCCCAAGCGCUACGCCAACCAGCUGAUGCUGUCGGAGUGGCUGGUUGACGUCCCCUUGGAUCUGGAGCAAGAGUGGGUUGUGGUGGUGUGUCCCGUAGGAAAAAGGGCGCUAGUGGUGGCCUCCAAGGGCUCAACAGCAGCUUACACCAAGAGCGGCUUCUGUGUCAACAGGUUCCCGUCCCUGCUGCCAGGGGGGAACCGGCACAACUCACUGAAUGACAAAGUUUACAGCAUCUUGGACUGCAUCUACAAUGAGGCAAAGCAGACGUACUAUAUCCUCGAUGUGAUGUGCUGGAGGGGACACCCUGUUUAUGACUGCCAGACUGACUUCAGAUUCUUCUGGCUCCUCUCAAAGAUCCAAGAGGAGGAAGGGCUAGGAGAGAAAAGCAAGAUUAAUCCAUACAAGUUUGUGGGUCUGCAGAAUUUCCCCUGCACGUCAGAGAGCCUCUGUAAGGUGCUGGCUAUGGACUACCCGUUUGAGGUUGAUGGGCUCCUUUUCUAUCACAAGCAAACCCACUACAUGCCGGGCAGCACCCCGCUCGUGGGCUGGCUCCGGCCCUACAUGCUCCCUGACAUCCUGGGGCUCGACGUGCCUCCCACCCUGCUCACUGCCAAGCCGGACUACGCUGGGCACCAGCUCCAGCAGAUCAUGGAGCACAAGAGGAGCAAAGAGCUGGCAGCAGGGAAGAGUGCUGAAGAGGCUGCGAGGAACGGGCGGUACGAGCUGGAGCACUUGUCCACUCUGCAGCCAGCAAACUCUCCCAAGGAUGAAGCCGGGAGCCAGAUGGAGAAUUAG